UCAUCCUGCUCCUACCCAGCAGCAUCCGCAUGAUUGCAUGGAGGUGGACGGGUUUCUCCGCGGAUUGCGUGAACUGCAGGCGACGGGGACGCUAUGCGACGUGGUCCUGUACGGCAGCGACGCGGAUGAAGGAUCCGCGCUGGCCAACGGCAUUCCCUGUCAUCGCGGUGUCCUCAGCGUGCACAGUGCCUACUUUCGGGCCGUCUUCACGCACGACUGGAAGGACUCCCGGGAUCCCGUCUUCCAGCUGCACAACGUUGACACUGCUACGAUGAACGCGUUGGUCCAGUACGCGUACAGCAUGGAGAUCGGUCUGAACGCCGACAACGUGGCGUCCCUGGUGGUGGCGGCGGAGUUCCUGCAGAUGGACCGCGUGGCUGGCAAGUGCUGGGCGUACGUGCAGCAGCAUUUUCUUAGAAGUAUUUUCUUAUUGGUGGAGGUGUUAGCCUCGGAUGAUGUCGCGGUGUUCAGUGAGGAUCAAGUGCUGCAGGCGUUGCUGCGCUGGCUGGAUCACGACCGCGACAGACGCCUCGCGCAGCUCCACACCGUCCUGCAGGUGGUCCGCGUUCCCUUCCUCAGCGAGCCGGCCGCGAUGGAGUACGCGCUGGCUCUGGCCAGUGCGCCGGCGCCGAGUGAAUGCCAGUCGGGAAUGGUCGGGCGGAUUACACUGGCCGGCGGGACAGCGCGCCACGCCACACCUCGCGAUUCGUACGGAGCGCGGGACGUGAUCCUUUGUAUCGGCGGUCACUUUGAUGGAGAUCUGGACGAGGUGGGCGUGUCCGACACCGUCGAGGUGUUCUGCCCAUCGAUGCCGUCGGUGUGGCGUCUGCCGGCGCUGCCGGGGUUCGUCAACGGCUGCCAGGCCGUGAUGCUGGACGCCAGCGGCAUGCUGGUCGCCGGCCAUAGCGGCGUUAAUCGUCUUCAGCGGGACCGCCACUACCUGGGCCUGCGGGACGAAUGGGAAGCGUUGGCCGUCAUGCGGAUGCCGCGCUGUAACGCGGGGCUGGCGGUCCUCCAGGGGCGCGUGUACGCGGCCGGCGGCUGCAGUCGGGCGGACCGUCUGGAGGUGCUGGCGUCCGUGGAGGUGUACGACGCCCAGAAAGACUCGUGGAGCACCGCGGCCCCGCUCCCGGUGGCGCUGGAGGGGAUGGGGAUGGUUGCCUGGGGGGAGCGACUGUUCGUGUUUGGCGGAAAGGACGAGGAGGAGGGCAUUGUGCCGUGGGCCUUUUCCUACGAUCCCCAGGCGAAUGCCUGGACCCGGCUGCCCGAUAUGCCCACGCCGCGCUACGGCUGUGCUGUCUGCGUGGCGCCCAGUGGACUGGUCUUCGUUUUCGGUACGUGA